ACCUUCAACCGGCCUUGUUUUUUCCAUCAACCAACAAUAAUCAUGAAACCAAUACUAAGAGUAAUAGCCUUAGCUUUGCUUCUUUCAUUUGCUUCCCUAUCUUCCUCUCAACCACUUUCCACAAGCUCAAGAUGGAUUGUGGAUGACAAAACCGGGGAGAGAGUGAAGUUGGCUUGUGCUAGUUGGCCCGGACACUUAGAACCCAUGUUACCCGAGGGCCUAGAUCGGAGGCCGUUAAGCGAGCUGGCCUCCGACGUGGCCGCUAUGGGUUUCAACUGUGUGAGGCUCACAUGGGCCACACACAUGUUCACCCGCCACGCGAACCGGACCGUGGUCGAGAUGUUCACUGACCUCGGCCUGACCGAAGCGAUCACGGGUAUCGCCCGCAACAACCCGAACCUUUUGAGCCUCAAUUUGCUCGACGCUCGCAAGGCCGUGAUUCAAGAAAUCGGGAAACAUGGGAUCAUGAUGGUCUUGGACAACCAUGUUAGCAAGCCAAUGUGGUGUUGUGCUGACAAUGAUGGGAAUGGCUUCUUUGGCAGUAAAGAUUUUGACUCUGAUGAAUGGUUACAAGGACUUGCUCUUGCUGCUAAGCACUCCAAGAAUUUACCCUUGGUUGUAGGGAUAAGCUUGCGCAAUGAGCUACGUGGACCAUUACAGAACGUGAGCGUAUGGUAUAAGUACGUAGAGAAGGGUGCUAAAACAAUCAACAAAGAAAACCCUGAUCUUCUUGUCAUCAUUUCCGGACUAGACUACGAUUUGGACUUCACUUUCUUGAAGAAAAGGCCUUUGAAUCUGAACAUGAUGAAGAACAAGGUUGUUUAUGAGACUCAUAGAUACGCCUUCACUGAAGGGCAGUCAAAGGCAUGGUUGAAUGGACCUUUGAACAAGGUUUGCCUCAAUGUGACCAAGGAAAUGGAUGAGAAAGAGGGGUUCCUGGUCAGGGGAGGAAGAAAUAACAACAACAAUAUGAAUGUUGCCCCUCUUUUUGUGAGUGAGUUUGGUAUAAACCAAAUGGGAGAUAGCAAUGGAGCAGCUGCUGACAAUCUUCACCUUCCUUGCAUGCUUUCUUAUUUGGCUGAUUUGGACUUGGAAUGGAGUGUUUGGACUCUCCAGGGAAGCUAUUACCUUAGGGAUGGUCAGCAUGGUCAUGAUGAGAGCUAUGGCAUGUUCAAUACCAAUUGGACUGCUGUUAGAAACCCUGAAUUCCUCUCCAAAUUACAGUUUCUGCAACAUAAACUCAUAGAUCCAAAGUUGAGCAAGCCAACAUAUCAGUUACUUUACCAUCCAUUGACCGGGCAAUGUGCACGAGUGGUUGGGGAUCAAAUCCAGAUGAGCAAUUGCUUAGGGGCAAGCCGAUGCGCCCACGAGGCAGACGGGACGCCGAUAAAGAUGAUCGAAUCUUCUAAAUGCGUGACGAUGGUAGGCGAAGAUAUCCCGGUCGCCCUCUCCCACGCCUGCAAAGAUGAUGACAAGGAUCAGAUUAGUACUAAUAAGUGGAGGUUGGCUGCUUCUGAUUCUAUGUUCCAGUUCAAGAGCAAGGAUAAUGACAGUGGUUUGGAGUUGUGCUUGGAUUUUAAUUCAUCCUAUUCUACCUCCAUGCUUUUGACAAGGAAGUGCCUUGGUUUGGAAGAGGGUGACUUGAGGAACCCUCAGAGUCAAUGGUUUAAGCUCAUUACAUCAAAUGUAGUUUAGAUGAUGCAUGGAAUUUAUUUAUUUAGUUUAGUUGUUAUUUGAUUAUUUCUUUAGGUUUAGACUUUAAUUUAGAUAUAUAGGUGUGCUCCCUCAGCACCUUCAAUAAAGUUAUUGUCCUUUAAUUUUUCCACACCAAAUUAAAUUAUAUUCAUGUUUUAUUCUUUUAGAAAAGAAA